AUGGAGAGGAUCACGUUUUACGAGGACAAGAACUUCCAGGGUCGCUCCUAUGAGUGCGACUCGGACUGCCCAGACAUGCAUCCCCAUUUCAGCCGCUGCAACUCCAUCCGGGUGGAGAGUGGCUGCUGGGUGCUGUACGAGAGGCCUAACUACGCUGGUUACCAGUAUGUGCUGACCAGAGGAGAGUACCCCGAGUACCAGCGCUGGAUGGGCUACAACGACUCCAUCCGCUCAUGCCGUACCUUCUCCUAUACCAGUGGAGGGCCUUACCGUAUGAGAAUCUAUGAGAGGCCUGACUUCCAGGGUCAGAUGAUGGAGUUCAGUGACGACUGUGACUCCGUGCAGGAUCGCUUCCGUAGCCGUGACAUCUACUCCUGCAACGUCAUGGAUGGCUACUGGACCCUGUAUGAGCACCCCAACUACAGGGGGCGCCAGUACUUCAUGAGGCCUGGCGAGUACAGGAAGUUCAGUGACUGGGGAGCCACCUGCGCCACCACUGGCUCCUUCCGCCGGAUCACAGACUUUUAG